AUGUCUGGUCUUAUGCGGACAUCAUCUAGGUCCGAAAGCGAGAAUCACUUUUUUGGCAAGAUUAGCAACCCAAAGUGUACGUUGGUUGAAUUUCUUAGCCACUUCGAUACGGCUAUUGAAGCGCAAAGGCACGAGCAUCGGAAAAAUGAUCAUGACACUCGAUACACCAACCCUGGAGAGUGGAGUGAUUUUGUUCUCGAGAAGCAAGCAGCUCAGAUAUAUACCAGAACUUUAUUUUUGGAUGUUCAACUCGAGAUUCAACAUGCUAUUCAUCGUUGUACUAGUGUCAGAUUAGAUCACGUCGGUGAUUUCAUUAAGUUUUUUAUGAAGGAUCUCGACCAGCCAUGUUCUUCGUUAUUCGAGGUUAUGAUACGCGAGGAGGAUGUUACUGUUAAGUGUAUCUGCAACAGGUUUGAGCAGUUUGGAUUGUUGUGUAGUCACAUUUUUUGCGUGUUACGGAUUCUUGAUAUAAGGGAGUUUCCGAAACAAUAUAUAUUGAGGCGUUGGACGCGUGAAGCUGUUCCAAAUAGUUCCCCCGGGUCCAUUCUUACGGAUGGUGGAGAUCCAGAUCGUAGUGAGGAGGUUAACCGUUGUGUUCGUGAGAUUAGUCACGCAACUGAGUAUGUUGUGAACAAGUUGAUAUCAAAAUUUGAUAAGUUGUCUGAUUUUUGUGACCAUAUCAAGCAGUUUAUGUCAGUUGCUGAUGAAGCUCAAAUAAAUGCACCUCCCAAGACACGGCGUAAUCGAUUUGCUGAACUGCUAGGAGUUGCUCCAGAGAGCACGGCCACUAUCCGUGUUCCAGUUGGUACCAGGUUCAAGGGUUGUGGGUCUCAUAAACGCCUUAAAUCUCAAAAGGAGCGAGCCAUAAGUCAGUCUGGGAGUAAACGUCUUCAAUGUUCAUUAUGUAAAAAAUACGGUCAUAACAGAGUAACGUGCUGGAAAUACACCGUGGGUGUGCCUGAGGCAGGUGCUUCGCAGAAUGCUGGAGGUAAUGAAGAUACAAUUCGCGAAGGAGAUGCUGCUAUGGUUGUUGAAGGUGAUGGUCCUGGUUCGAACGAUGAUGACGAUGUGUUUUACACAUCUGGAAACGAUGCAGAUAUGGAUGAUGAGGACAUGGCAGAGUAG